CCCAGCCUGGCCGAGCGCAGGAUGCGCGGACCCGGGCGUCCUCUCCUCCUGGGGCUGCUGCUCGUGCUGGGGGCGGCGGGGCCCGGCCGGGGGAUCGCGGAGACCCGGGAGGCCGCGGACAGGCAGACGCUGCUGCAACUCAUCGUGGAGAUCGUCCAGGAGCUCAGGAAGUACCACUCGGGGGAGUCCAAGAGGCUGCAGCUCUCGGGCCGGCAGGACUACACCCUGGGCCGCAGGGAGGUCUCGGACUACGGGGCUUACGCGGAGGAGCAGAGAGUGGAAAUUGUUCCUCGAGAUCUAAGGAUGAAAGACAAGUUUCUGAAACAUCUGACAGGUCCUCUUUAUUUCAGCCCAAAGUGCAGCAAACACUUCCACAGACUUUACCACAACACCCGAGACUGCACCAUCCCCACCUACUAUAAGAGAUGCGCCCGGCUUCUUACUCGGCUGGCUGUCAGUCCGAUGUGCAUGGAGGGAUAAGCGAGCAGAGCGCCGCGGACGAGCAGCGGCCCGGGACCGUGAGAAGUGCCUUGGAGACCAGCAGGGCAGAGCCCACUGCCUUCUGGACACGCCCCAUGAACAGAGAUUUAUUUUUGCAGACAGCCUCUCCCAUAAUUCCUUCACCUUGAGAUUUGUAGGUUGACACCGUCUGUGGGCACAGAGUCAGUAAAUGGGUGUGCCCGACAGUAAUGCUUGCCACCGGUCAUUUUAGACAACAGGAGAGUGCUCCACGUUUGAUGUGUCAUGCUGUGAAACGGCAGAGAGAGAGCUCCUUUUCCUGAUUAGGUGACGUCACAAAUAUUUCUUGAGAAGCAUAAGCAGAAUCAGCAGAAUCUGAAACUAUAUUUUCAUAUAGCAUAUGGUAUUAUUUAAUAUUUUAUUACUUUUACAAUUAAAUGCCCAGAGUAUCAUUUGGAAUUGCAUGAAAAAUUUAAAAAAUAUAAAUAAAUAAAAAGAGACAGAAAAGAACUUCAGUUGUGGAGACAUCGGAGUGUAAACCUGUGUACAUGCUCAGGCUAAUUUCAUUUGUCCUUUGUAUAAUAAGUGUAAAAUAGUAUCUAGAUA